AUGGCUAGUCUUGAGUUUGACCAAGAUGAAGUUUCAAGACCAUUUUCAGAUUCACCGCCAACUCAUUACUCUCUAAAAAUAGAGUCGUUUUCGUUGCUAAAGAAGUAUUCGGCGGAUAGAUUUGAGUCAGGGGAGUUUGAUGCUGGAGGAUACAAAUGGAAGCUGGUGGUGUACCCAAAUGGAUACAAGAAGAAGAAUGUGGAAGACCACAUCUCUGUCUAUCUAGAAAUGGCUGGAGCAGAAUCACUUGAGACUGGUUGGGAAGUAUUUGUUGAUUUUAGAUUGUUUUUACUUGAUCAGAAUAAGGGAAUCUACUUGGUUCUUCAGGAUGCUAAUCUAAAGAAGAUGUGCUUGCACGUGGCGAUGCUCGAAGUAGGUUUCGAUAGAGUUAUCCCUCUGAAAGCAUUUGCUGAUGCUUCCAAUGGCUAUCUCAUUGAUGAUACUUGUGUGUUUGGAGCCGAGGUCUUUGUUUGUAAGGAAAGAAGAGCGGGAAAGGCAGAGUGCCUACCAAGGAUCAACAAUGCUGUUAUUGUAUCAAAGGAAAACUAUGAUUUUCUUCAUAAAAAAGAAAACAAUGAUUUUGUGAACAAGCAUGUUUGGAAGAUUGAGGAAUUUUCAAAGUUAACACCUGAACGCUUGGAAUCGAAACCUUUAAAUGCUGGAGGGCAGACAUGGAAGAUAGUCCUCUAUCCCAAGGGAGAGGACAAAGAUAAGGGAUACUCAUGUUUCUCUUCUCCUAAGCGAGUUGAGGAGAGUAAGUGUGUCGAAAGGAGAGUCGCUACUUCACUCCUUAACACACGGUUUAUGUUUAUGUUUUCGAUGAAGUUAGGACCCAUCUGGUAA